AUCCCUAACGUUUUUCCAAUAAGAAUUGGCGUGAAGUGAACAUUUUUAUCAAUAUUAAUACGCGAAACCGUUUUAAAGCCAAUAAGAAAACUACCCAGCAAUGCAACAGAAAAUGCUGGACACUGUGAUUUUGUGAAACUAUUUAAAUUCGUCGGAAAACCAAGGAAAUUAUCUGGGAAAACCAAUCAAUUUAAAACGCUGUGCAAACAGGAUCAGGAUCACCAGCCAGCCGCACACCACCACAAGCCGAGUGGUCCACCGCUGCUCCCCACACAGACACGCAAGGACAUCGCACGGAGGACCGAGGAGCAGCCGGAUCAGGAGUAGGAUCAGGAUCGGGAUUAGGAAUAGGACAGGACCGGACAGUCACCGAUCCCACGACCAUGUUCACGGGCAAGCUGCAGAUCAAGGUGUGCGAGGCGAGCGGCCUGCGGCCCACAGACUUCCAGAAGCGGCACAACCUCACCUUCGGCAAACUGGCCGACGAGCAGCUCAUCGAUCCCUAUGUCUCCAUAGAUGUCGACGAGAGUCACUUCGAUCGAGCCACCACACGGCCAAAGACAUUCGAUCCUGUUUGGAACGAGCAGUUCGUCCACGACGUGACCAAUGUGAGCAACAUCAACUUGACCGUCUUUCAUGAUGCCGCUCUGCCGCCGGAUGACUUUGUGGCCAACUGCAUCAUCUCCUUCGAGGACCUCAUGCAGAGCGAGACGGCUGUACAGGAUCUUUGGGUUAACUUGGAGCCGCAGGGCAAGAUUCACGUCAUCAUUGAGCUGAAGAAUCGCACGGAUAAAGCCAAAGCCGAGGCUGUGGUGGAGCACACCGUGGCCGUCAACAAGGAGUUCAAAGAGCGCGCCGGAUUCAACCGCCGUCGCGGUGCCAUGCGUCGUCGGGUCCAUCAGGUGAAUGGGCACAAGUUCAUGGCAACGUUUUUGCGUCAACCCACCUUCUGUUCGCAUUGCCGGACGUUUAUCUGGGGAAUUGGUAAACAAGGCUAUCAAUGUCAAGUCUGCACGUUAGUUGUACAUAAAAAAUGUCACCUGUCGGUGGUGUCCAAGUGUCCGGGCAUGCGGGACGAGCAGCAAACCAAAGUGGAGGUGGUGCCCGCGGGCCAGCGGUUCAAUGUGAAUAUGCCGCACCGCUUUGUGGUGCACAGCUACAAGCGGUUCACCUUCUGCGACCACUGCGGAUCCCUACUAUACGGCCUGAUCAAGCAGGGAUUGCAGUGCGAGACCUGCGGGCUGAACGUGCACAAGCGGUGCCAGAAGAACGUGGCCAACACGUGCGGCAUCAACACGAAGCAGAUGGCCGAGAUCCUGAGCUCGCUGGGCAUCUCGCCGGACAAGCAGCAGCCGCGCCGCUCCAAGUACUUGAACCAGCAGGGCGAGGACAACUAUGGGGCAUCCCUGGGCAGCGAUGGCGACGGUGCACCGGGGCAGUCCUUUCGCAGUUGCGCCUUGUCGGCGGACAGCCUGGCCACCUCGACGACGACGCUGACCAGCGGCUAUAAUAGCAGCAGCUGCAUGAGCCUGGCGGUGGGCGGACCGGGAGGCAGUGGGGCCACUGGAGAGACGCGUCCGGGCAAGUGCUCCUUGCUGGACUUCAACUUCAUCAAGGUGCUGGGCAAGGGCUCGUUCGGCAAGGUGAUGCUCGCCGAGAAGAAGGGCACCGACGAGAUCUAUGCCAUCAAGGUGCUCAAGAAGGACGCGAUCAUCCAGGACGACGACGUCGACUGCACCAUGACAGAGAAGCGCAUCCUGGCGCUGGCCGCCAACCAUCCCUUCCUGACUGCGUUACAUUCCUGUUUCCAGACCCCGGACCGCCUGUUCUUCGUGAUGGAGUACGUGAACGGCGGCGAUCUGAUGUUCCAGAUACAGAAGGCGCGUCGAUUUGAGGCCUCGCGUGCCGCCUUCUAUGCGGCGGAGGUGACACUGGCGCUGCAGUUUCUCCACACCCACGGCGUCAUCUACCGCGACCUGAAGCUGGACAACAUCCUGCUCGACCAGGAGGGCCACUGCAAGCUGGCCGAUUUCGGGAUGUGCAAGGAGGGCAUCAUGAACGGCAUGCUGACCACCACCUUCUGCGGCACCCCCGACUACAUCGCCCCGGAGAUCCUCAAGGAGCAGGAGUACGGCGCCUCCGUCGACUGGUGGGCGCUGGGCGUCCUCAUGUACGAGAUGAUGGCUGGCCAGCCGCCGUUCGAGGCCGACAACGAGGACGAGCUCUUCGACUCCAUCAUGCACGACGACGUCCUCUAUCCGGUUUGGCUGUCCCGCGAGGCCGUCUCCAUACUGAAGGGUUUUCUCACCAAGAAUCCGGAGCAGCGACUGGGCUGCACUGGCGACGAGAACGAGAUACGCAAGCAUCCAUUUUUCGCCAAAUUGGACUGGAAGGAGCUGGAGAAGCGCAACAUAAAGCCACCAUUCCGACCGAAAAUGAAAAAUCCACGCGAUGCCAACAACUUCGAUGCGGAGUUCACCAAGGAGGAUCCAGUGCUCACACCGAUUGGAAACGAGGUGGUGCGCUGCAUCAACCAGGACGAGUUCGCCGGCUUCUCGUUCGUGAAUCCCAAGUUCGGACCGGAGCGCAAAGUCUACUAAGGCCCAACGAUCGCAGUUCACGUUCACCUACCAGUUGGAUGGGUGGCGAUGCGAUCUGGAGCCCCCUUGAGACUGGGUACCCCGGUCGACAUUGGGUGGCCCAAGCCCAGCCAGAUCGCCAUCGCGCCGAGCUGUCAUCCAGCGAGUAGCGCAUCCCCCCAGCAAAAGCAGUCUAAUAUUUUUCAUUUCCCCAUUUCCCGUAACUCCCCGGCGCACUCGUUCCCAUUGUUGUCUGUUUCCAGCCGUAGUCGUGAUGCUCGUCCUCGUUUCGUUUCGUUUCGUUUCGUGUCGUUACCGGUCCUGUGUGUAGAUCACUCAUCCACAUCCAACUACCAGUGCCAAUUGUCGAAACUGCUAGCUUCAAAUUGAAUUGGAGUCGCUACAGUCACCCGAAACCUUUUCCCGCUUCAAGCUCCACGCCUGUUGGAAUUUAUUUAUGUUGUUUGCCAAGCUCCCAAGAACAGAAACCAACACAAAAACAAAACACAAAAAAAAAAAACACAAAAAGAACAAAAAAAAAAAGAAGGAAAGAAGGAGUGUAGGAGAUACCCCCACCCAUCUAGUCAAUGCCCAGUGGCUGAGUGCAUUUUGUUAUUAGUUAUUUAUUGAUUGUUUGACGUGCCGAAUCUCAAGUUUCGCACUCACAGACCGACAGCAUCCAAGCAGAGCUCUAUUUACGGGAGGCGAGGCACUUGCUCCAAGCGAAUCUCAAGGGAAUUUCUAACACAAUAGCCGCAAUGUGCCGUCUGUACCACAUACACCAUACACCAAACACCAAACACCAAACACCAUACACCAUACACCAUACACCAAACACCAUACACCACAAUACAUGCGACCACACGGAACUAGUUUCAUUUGUUUUACGUAUUCGAAAUCUUGCACAACUUCCUUCUCAAGUAUUAAAGCGAUAUUAUUUUAAAGUUACCUUAUUGUUAUACAUAAAUAUUUAUAAAAUGAAAACAAACAAACAAAAAGAAACAAACAAAACAAAAUGAAGCCAAAAAGCCCUAAUACAAACGCAUACAAUUUACCAACAAAGAGAAAAAGAAAGUAAAGCUAACUAAUCAUAGAGGUAAAGCUAAACCCACAAAGAGAAUGUCUAUAAAAUUCAUAUUAAUUUAUGCUAAAACAAAUUAUGAAUACAAAACGUGUUUAGUCUGUAAGCAAAAAUCGAGGAGGAGGAGAACAAACAAAUUAUAUAUAUAAAGUAUAUAUAUGUGAACCAUAUAAAUUGUGAAACUAAAGCAUAUAUAAUACACACAAAUGGCAAAGAUUUAGCGUAAUGAGGAAAACCCAAACAAAAUUAUAUGAAAUGAUGAAAUGUGGCAUAUGGAAGAUAGGAGACAAACAAUAUGACUUUUAUGUGUUGAUUUUAAAGCCAAAGACUCAAGCUAAGUUCUAUUCGCAAUUAACUGCAUUCAAAUCUAGCAUAAAUUUGAUUGGUACCCCCUUAAAUGUUGUUACGAUUAUUAUUUACUCCAUAGCGAAUUUCGAGAGGCGAAAUUGUUUCUGUUUUUCGAUUUCCGUCUGCCAAGGCGAGAGGAGGAAUUAUGCUAAAAUAAAUCAUUAAUCGUAAAUCAUUGAUGGUAACUAUACAAGAAGGAAUAGCAAAGGAAGGAUAACAGAUGAUUUAUUAACUUUAAGCAGCGUUGUUAACUAAAAAUAAAAAUAAAAAUCGUAAGGCAAAGGCAAAGGCAAGCAUAAACACACAUUUGUAUGUAAUAAUAACGCCCAGUGUCUAAUAAUAUUUGUGAAAUAGCAAGCCCAGCGUAAGCGCUAGUUACCCAUUUACAAUUUAAAUGUUAACCCAAAGUAUUUUCAAGAACGCAUUUUA